AAGGAUAGCCGAAUUGAGAUGCAAAAAUUUAUACAAGAAUUAUAUUUGAAACCUGUAUCAGAAGAAUUAAUUAAAGUCAUUAAAAAUAAAGAGCCGGAUAUAUCAGAUCAUAAUGAAAAUGACAAACAUAUUGUUAUCGAUAAGGAUACUUUCACUUCUAACAAAGUGGAAUAUGUACCGUGCGACCUCGGGUCUUACCCUUAUGUGACUAAAUCGUCUGACUCAAAUGAUUUAGCGGAAAGUGAG